UACAUAGCCUCACGCAACCUAUUAUUAUAACAAUAUAUAACAUUGUCAAACCCCUCCCUCUCUCUUCACGCAACCAUGUCCACCACCAUCAAAGCUUCUUACACUGUCAUCCCCGCCGAGGCCAGUCCAAACACCCCCCUAUGGUUGUCCCCCAGCGACCAAGUGGCGCGUUGGAGCCACACCUCCACCAUCUACGUUUACAAAGAAACCCCAAACCACCACGCCAUUGACACAAUGCGAGACUCUCUCAGCAAGAUCCUCGUCCAUUACUACCCCCUCGCCGGACGACUCAGCUGGAUCGAAGGCCACCGUCUUCAACUCAAUUGCAACGGCAAAGGUGUCGUACUUAUCGAAGCCGAAUCAACAAAAACACUCUCUUCAUACGGAGACUUUGCACCUAGUGACACCGUGAAAAUGGACCUCACUCCUACCGUUGAUUAUACCCAACCCAUAGAGGAUCUCCCUCUACUUCUAGUGCAGUUGACAAGAUUCAAAGGAACCAAACAAGGCCUUGUCAUUGGAAUGGCCUUUAACCACGUUCUAGGCGACGGCCUCGCCGCAAUUCGUUUCAUCAACUCAUGGGCCAAGCUCUGUAAGGGGGACGUCGCGCUGGAUCACAGCGAGAUGUUCCCCUUUCUUGACCGGACGGUGCUGAACUCCUCCACGCGCCCGUGCUUCGACCACCCCGAGUUGAAGCCUCUCCCGCUCUUGCUUGGCAGUACUAACACCGUGGCCGAACAGAAACACGAGAAGACGGCCGUGGUGUUGAAACUGACAAAUGAGCAAGUGCAGAAAUUGAAGCAAAAAGCUAAUAAUGGUCUUGAGGAGUCGUCUGCACGACCUUACAGCACGUAUGAGGUUGUUUCCGCGCACGUGUGGAAGUGCGCGACAAAGGCACGUGGGCUGGACGAUGUUCAACCCACGGUGGUUAGGGUGAGUGCAGAUAUUCGUAGCCGGCUGAACCCGCCUCUCCCUAGAAACUACUUUGGGAACGCGCUGGCCGUGGCGCUAACCCCAACGUGUUUCGCGAGGGAUGUUUUGUUGAACCCGUUGAGGUACGGGGCGAGAAAGAUAAGGGAGGCAGUGGAGUUGCUUAAGGACGAUUAUGUGAGGUCGCAGUUGGACUUCAUUAGGUGUCAAGAGCGGUUGGAUUCGAUUCGGGCUUCGUAUUUGGACCGUGGGGAGGCUAAAAAUGCGCCAUUUUAUGGGAACCCGAACCUCACGAUUGUGAGCUGGAUGAGUAUGCCGGUGUAUGAAGCGGAUUUUGGGUGGGGGAAGCCUGUGCGUUUCGGUCCGGGAGCUGUGUAUCCUGAUGGGAAGGCGUAUAUUAUCCGAAGCUCAGAUGGAGAUGGGUCACUUGAUGUAUCUGUGCAUUUGCAGAUGAGGCACAUGGAGCUUUUCAUGAAGUUCUUUUACCAGGAUAUAUGAAAUGAAUCGUUUUUCUUUUGUGUGUGAUAAUUGUCUUGUUGUGUUCGAGUCGGAAUUAUAUAUUGGGUAAUGGACAAUUUUUUUUAUUGUGAUUUGUAUUUCGUAGUGAUUGAAAAAUAUUUUUUGUUUUUCAAUUUCUUUGUUUUCUUCUCUUAGUACGUAUUUCAACUGAGAAAUAAAAUUAAGUGUGAACAAAAUAAUAUGCAUGUGAUGUUUUUCUCUUUUC